AUGACCGAGCCUCUCGCACUCGUGCCCGGCGACUCGCUCGGCCCCUUCCGCCUCGGCAGCGCCCUGUUCAACGUCUUCAACCACGUCCGCUCCUUCCGCUCCACCUACCCGUCCGUCAAGGUCGCGUGGGACGAGCAGGCCCCCUCGACCUCGCCCGUACACCUCACCCUCUCCUCCCCACCCCUCCACCUCACCUUCUCGCCCCUCGCGCAGCGCCUCGCGCGCAUCGAGGUCCUCGGUCCCGAGCCGGACGCCUGGGUGUCGUACCGCGGCAAGCGCCUGCGCACUUCCUCGUCGCUGUCGGGCGACUACGCAGGCGCUCGGGGCGGCGGCGACGACGAGGACGACGUGGUCAAGACGGUGCGGCGCGUGCUGGGCCCGACGUACGGCAGCUCGAGGGCGAGCACGGGCGGCGAGGGCACGCAGGGAGCGGAGGAAAUGCUGAGCUAUCCGGGCGUCGCGUUCGGUGUCGUGCGCACGGGGUCGGGGUCGACCAUGAACCGCAUCGUCGUCACGGCACUGCCUGCGCCCGACGGCGUCCCCGUCGACCAAGCGUGGCUCCACCCUGCGCUGCCCGACUCGCCCGCCGUCGCUCAAGGAGACCUGCGCCUCGCCGAGAUCCAUCUCGACCCGACCCGCCGGCCGACCCACGUCGAGCUCCACUUCCAUCAGCCGACGACCGCGCUCGCGCCCGUCGAGCUCCGCGUCGGCGUGACGACGAGCGAGGACAUCCUGUGCGACCUUGGGGCGGCCGUCAGGACGUUCUGGAAGGAGGACGACCGCCUGUCGAUCCACACUGCGUCUCUCGAGGCUCGGUCGUCGUCGGAUGCCGCACUCGAGCCCAACCCCUACUUCCUCUCCUACCCGCACCUCGGCCUCACCCUCCUCCUCUCCUCCUCCCCCUCCACCUCGUCCACCUCGACCCGCCCCAUCCCGCCACACACCCUCCUCAAGAUCCUCCUCCACUCGAACCUCCCCGGCGAGGUCCAGUUCGGCCGCACGGCGCGCGCCGCCAGCGUCCUCGUCGCGCCUGCGGCAGGCGACGAGGGGCGUGUCGCCGACGCCGACGAGGGCGAGAGGCGAGGGACCGACGAGGGCUGGGGAACUGUCCGGGCGUUCCUGCGCGGCGAGGACGGGCUGGGGCGAGGCGGCGAUGGGAGGGCCGGCGCGCAGGGUCAGGGCGCGGCGGCGGGCGAGUCGAGCAGGCGCGAGGGCGAGCUCGCGAUGGGCGACGAGCCACCGAUGAUCCUCGACCGGACGGCCGACGGCAAGGACGGCGUCCGGGGCAAGACGACGGAGAUCCACGGGUUCCCUGGCAUCGCGCUCGAGAUGACGGGCUCGGGCGACAUCGAGACCGUGUGGCUCUUCUGA